AUGAAUGUUGGAUCAAUUACCGGUCUUAACUGCGAAUACAGAGAGAAUCUCAAGGCACCUCUGACUGCGGACAUAGAUGAGAAUGAAUUUUCUGAGUUUUGGGAGAAACUUGGUGUUCAUACCAAGUUUGGGCCUUCAGUUGAUAACCUCACCCGAGCAUGUGGGUGGGCCCAAGACUGGUCGAAAGAGGACAGAAAGAGGCUGGCUUAUUUAGCCGUCUAUGCUGGUUUCAUUGUUGGCGAGAGGCAAACUAUUGCCACACCGGUCGAGAUGGCAAAGCUAGUAAUGGAUCUUGAAGAGUUUGAAGGUUAUCCUUGGGGGAGAGUAGCUUUCUUGAAUCUCAUUGAAUCUGUAAAAUCUGCCAACCUCACCAAACACUACUACAUUAACGGUUUGUCGAAGUGCUACAAGUGUGGUCGUACUACGCAAUGCUUCGGUCAGGACUUCGGUGAGCCUGUAGUGGGUAGGGUAUCUCCGACUAUGAUGGCCUUCAAAGGAAUGAAAGGGCGCAAAAAUAUAAUGCAGACUCUUCUUGCGCAGGUUAAUUUCAACCAUAUGAUCAUGGUGGACAGGGAUAAUGCUUACCCUAGGUGGGACAACGACGUCGACGAUGAACACAUCGAGAAUGUGAUGAAGGCUUUUUACGGAGAGCUCGGAGGGACCUGGAGAUGGAAGCCUUCCGACUGGAUAUCCGAAGGAGUAAUCGUCUUGGAUAAGGUGAAGGAAGAGAAGGGAAUUGACAAGAAGAGGCAUCUGGAUUCGGGUCUAGGGCCGUCAAAGAGACCAUGCCCUGCCUACGGGAUCGAUGGACAUACCUCGGGAGCUAGUUGGGAUACAUUCCAGUCCACUGUGGCUGCAAUGUUUGAACAGUUCAGUAAGAAGCAGACAGGUGAGAUCGGUCUCCGUUUCGAUAGACUUGAUGAGAAGGUUGAGGUUCUUACAAGCAAAAUUAGGAGUAUGACGUCGAACGCUGCGAAGGAAGCUGACAAUAACAAUCCUGCUGGCCCGGUUAGUACAGAUAACUCUCGCAAAUUCUCUGCUCGUAUUGCUGCAAAACAAACAAUGGAUGAAUCUGAUAAGCUUGAGAAUCCUAAACUCCCUCCCAUUGCGUCCUCUGAGAGUGAGAGUGAGACUCCUGAGGAAGAGAGUUGCGAGCUUCUGAGAGAAUACUUCCCCACCAAGGAAGAGAAGAUUGCUGACCUCAAAAGAAGGCAACCGAAGGACACCGCAAAGGUUAUUGACGCGAAGGCAAGAAAGACAGAAAGACUGAGGACACUUGCACAGACGCAAAAUGGUAUAUAUGUGGGCAGCAGCACGGUCAAGCGAAUGUUCAGUAACAAAGAACCUAGAGGUCGUGGUUAUGAUCCCUUUCGGAAGGCGGAUAAGCAGAUGAAGGAGGUCGUCUUGGAUCAUUACAAGAGUUGUCCUGGACUAGGAAAAAAGAAGACCAUUAAGACCGUUCAUGACUAUCCACUACGCUUUUGGUGGUAUGACCUCCUAAAUCAGAACGAGUGGCUCAUUGACACGCACAUGAACGCUGCUGUCUACUUGCUGAGGACACGAUUGUUGGAUCACCCCGAAUGGUUUAGAAGUGACAGGUUUUGUUUGGUUGACACCACAUUUGGGCAAUAUUGGACGGCGAAGUACGACGAAUUCAAGAUGAUAGAGCCCAACGAACUUGGUGAAGGAAGACCACUGCCAACGCUAUCGUACGAUUACUACAAAGGUGUCUUACCAGAGCCUCGACCGACAAACAAGAUCUGGGGCGUCGACAUCGAUGAAUUGUACAUACCUUUCAACCUGAAUGGUGACCAUUGGGUUGCUCUAUUCGUUUCCUUGCCAAAGAGGCACAUCACCAUAUACGAUAGUAAACCUAGUCACGUGAAGCCGGGUCUUUUGGCUUCUCUAAUAGAACCUGUGACAGUGAUGUUUCCAUAUCUGAUGAGGCAGUUGGCGGAUGAAGACAAAAAGUACGAGUGGACUCUCGAACCGUUCACCUACGACCGUCCUAUCGACCAAGCUUCCUGUGCCACAGCAGGCUAA